GCUCGCGUUGACUCCAAGCCUCCUCGACUAAACCCGUACAAGAAGGCGCUGAACCUUGAGUCUUGGAGGCGAAACUUCGAGAACUUGUUUACACAGAAUUUGUAUCUUCUUACUCUCAUCAAGAAGGCACAUUUUAAUAGACCAAGACCUCCUCAGGGCCGCGUCGACAGCCACUGGAUCUCACAGCCGUUGCGUCCUCGCCAGCACUACCAGAAUCGAGUUGACUUCUUGAAGAGAGUAUACAAGAGCAACCAGGAUAUAUACAGAAGGAUUAUGAAUACGGGAGCUCGCGUGGCAACGACAUCGGAAUUGAAGAGAGAUUGGGCUCAAAAUCGACGUAAGAUAGUAUCGCAAGCCAACUGUGCCUUCGUAUUGUUUCCGCCAGAGCCACGUGAGUCCAUGGAGGAUCCCGCCUUUGAGUCACUUCCGCCUGUCGUACGGCCUAGGGUCCACAUAACUCUAGCUGUGAGAAACGGCGCGAUCAUGGGAGACCUGUGUAUAGAGCUGUUUAAAGACUUGUGCCCGAACACUUGCGACUUGUUCCUGGAGCUGCUGGAUGGAGACACCCUGGGACACGGCUAUGUUGGGACUUGCUUCUUCAGAAAAGUCCCACAUUUAUACUGGAGUGGGGGCGACGUGAUAUUCAACAGUGGUUUCGGGUGCUACGCACAGCGCGGACGACAGGUGCCCAUCGGCGCUGAGAACUAUCACUUCCCGCACUCCAUGCCGGGAUUGGUGUCAAUGCGAAUGACGGUUGAUGACGAGAUGUGUGGCAUCUUCAACAUCACCUUCAAACCGCUUCCACAAUUGGAUUUGAGGAAUGUCGUCUUUGGGAGAGUGAUUCGUCCAAGCACAACUUACGACAUGAUUACCGGCCUAGGUAAUGCUGUUAGCACCCGACCUGUCAUCGAGAUCCGGGGGUCAAGGAGAAAGGUCGAAGGUCGCUGGGUCACGGGACAAUACAACACACGCCUCGCGACGAGAACUGUGGAGAGUUUGCGAAGGAGGCUGGUUAGAAGAUAGGGCUCAAAAAUACUAGAUCAAAAUCAAACCCAAGACCUCCAGAUAGCAGCCAGGCCAGUCACGGUCCUCGAACCUCCUCAAAUAAGAUUUUACAAAUAUUUUUUUAAAAAUGUACCAUUCCUCGUAAAUACUAGUUUCCUACCCUUAAAAUGUACAUUUAUAAUAAUAAAGUGUU